AUGUCACUCCUUCAAGACAUUGUCUUGAUCAUCACAGGCAGCGCGUCAGGAAUCGGACUGGCAACAGCCACCGCAGCUCUAAGCCAAGGGGCUAAAAUCCUAGGUGUUGAUGUCUCAUCGGCGCCUGUGUCACUCAGUGAACAUGCAAGUUACAAGUUUAUACAGGGGGAUCUCACACAUGAGGCAACACCGAAGCAAGUGGUAGAAACAUGUAUCAAAGAGUUCGGACGAAUCGAUGGUCUGCUCAACAUUGCCGGUAUCAUGGACCGGAAUUCCAGCGUCGAUAGUCUUUCAGAUGAUAUGUGGGAGCGAUGCAUUGCAAUCAAUUUGACUGCCCCAGUAAAGCUCAUGCGUGAGGUAAUUCCUAUCAUGCGACAGCAGAAGAGCGGAAGUAUUGUCAACGUCGGGAGUAAAGCAGCCACAAGUGGUGCUGCGUCCGGCGUCGCUUACACAGCCAGUAAACACGGGCUGAUGGGUGCAACCAAAAAUGUUGCUUGGCGGUACAAGCAAGAGGGGAUUCGCUGCAAUGCCGUUUGUCCGGGUGGAGUUCCAACUGGCAUAGUACAAGCCUCCGAUCCAACCACUUGGGACAAGGAUGCACUAGCGACAAUGUCGCAUAUCCACCAGGCACAUGCUGCUGAUAGGCAGGAAGGCCUGGGGGUCGAGGCCGAGGAUAUUGCCAAUUGUCUCCUCUUCCUGGUCUCUAGUCAGAGCAAGAGAAUUAACGGGGCGAUCAUUCCCGUCGACAAUGCUUGGUCCGUGAUCUAG